CCGCCCUCUGCCAUGGCGGGAAAUUAAGGGGAUGGUGAAAGUUUUUGUUUUUAUUUUUUUUACUGUUUGGAACUUCGCUCCUGUCGGAAACGGUGUUAGUUAAAGUGUUGCAAAUGGAAAAAUUCCACAACUCACUCACUUCUAAGGCGAACAGGUUUGACCAACAUUCCCAGUUCCCUACAAGGGUAGUCGAGUUAUUGAUUCCUGCUGGAACGGUUAUGACUGAAGAAGGUGGUUUGCAAUUAAUGAUAUUAGGAAGUUGGUGAAACCUACUUCUACGGUUACAACCCCAAAAAUAUGUUGGCGAAUGUAGCACAAACGGCUGCUUUGGCCACACAGAAAAAUGGUAGCGCGGCUCCCGCCAACCCAGGCAAGACGUGCCUGACGCGUACUCCAAGCAAGGCCGCCGUUAAUGGGCUGAUCAGUGAAACGCUGACGACGGCCUUCGGUAACAAGCGAAAAAAUCGAUUAAAAGAGAUAACCGAAGAACUGAAUCAGCGCAUCAAUGCGGAGGAAAUUGAGGAACCUUACCAGAAGCCAUUGUUCAAUACGGAAAAAAUUCUACGCAUGAUGGAGAGAAUCAUCGGACGACAGUUCGACGUGGAUGAAGAAGAGCAACGGUACAUCUACGACCCGGCCAAGAACUUGAAAAUGUGCCAGAAUAUUUCCAAACAGAUCAAGGACCGCGUCAAGCAUAUGAACUAUAAAAGACACAGAAUCAUAAGCCUGGCUACGAUAGUGGAGAAACAUCAGCAGGGUGUGUACUACAAAAUGAAGUAUAUCUUGGAUCCAAAGAUGGACGAUUACAUUCGCUAUUAUCACGAAACGCCGCACUUUUAUGUGAUUGCUACUGUUAUUUUAGUACACAAAGAUUAACAAAAUAUGCGAUGUGUAUGAAACUUGUUAUUUUCUUGAAAACAAAAAUUGCGUAGUAAUUCUAAAUAACAAUGAACGUACAACGUUUGUUGAAAAUCUCAUAGAUUUUGAUCUUUUUUUUCUCGAGUUAUUGAUAGCAGCAUGUUAUUAGUUUGAUAUUAGAACUGAUUACUAAAAAUUCGACCUUACAGUUUUUGAUUAAAAGUCAUAACCGUUUAGUAACUCCAA